AUGAGGAAAACUGGGAAAGAACAAAAACAGAACAAGAUUGUGAGAAUAAUAACAACACCGAUAAGAGUACUAGGUAAAGCCAAAGACAUGUACGUAAGAAGCAUAACAAAGUGCGGGAACAACAUGAAUUACAGCAAACCAGUAGAUUCUACUGGAAGAUUCCAGAAUCUACCAAGAAGUUACAGCGCGGUAACAACCAGAUCUGCUGGUGCUGGUGAUAGCGAGGAUUUUGUUGACUUAAUGAGAGCUGCUUCAGCUAGAACUUUGGUUAACCGGAUUGAUAUGGAUUUGGUUCUCAAGCAAGAACCCGUUUCAACGAACGGGUUACCAAAAUCCGUUAGUGUUGGAAUGGGUCGGAUUGAUGAAGAAAGGGCUAGUGAUAUGGGUGAAGGUGUUGGUGAUGUUGUUGUUGUGGGAAAUUCUUAUCCAAGAAGUAGAAGCUAUGCUGUUGGAAACAGAAAUGCUGUUUUGUGA